AUUUUCCCGCGUGAAAAUGUGUGAUCAAGUGUGAAGAAUAAUGUUACUGAGUAUCUUUGCUGUGUUCCUCUUGACGGUGGUGGCGAAAUUUGUGGAAGCUGAUCGAACGCUCAUGUACAAUAUGAGGGGCAUAUCUCCGGAUAACAAUGUGGAGUCCAGUAAUUACGACAAUUAUCACAUCUCCUACGACGAAUAUCCAAUGAUUGUGCCGAAGAGAGCAGCUAUGCUCCUGGACAGAAUAAUGGUGGCCCUACAUCAUGCGCUGGAGAAUGAGGGCGAGGUAUUGCCCAAUGAGUUGGAGAAGGACAAGGUUUCCAAGAUGAAUCCCCGCCGGAAGAUCAUUCAGCAAUAUAUUCUACAGCAGCAGAGGAGACCCAAAGAGAUGGCUUCAGGAGAAGAUUCACAGCUUUUGGACAACAUGAAGGAUUACGACGUAGAUCUCAAUGAUUCGGCGGAUUUAAUGGAUCUCGAGAGACGAGGUCACGGGGUGGCUUUGGGACCCAGCAAAAGUCGUCAAUAUUGGCGUUGCUAUUUCAAUGCAGUCACGUGCUUCUAACGUACCAUCAUAAGCCAGAUGAUAAUAUUAAAAUUAGCUGAAGAAACAUCCCUAAAUUUUUUUGUCACGACACAUCCAUAAAUACAUUUUGAGUGAAGAGAGAGAAAGAGAGGGUGUCAGAAUUUAAGUCACUUAAUACCACGAUCUCUUAAUCUUUUCCCUUCUUUUGGCACGGCGUAUAAAACAUUUUUAUGGCACCACAUCUAA